GUGAUGGAGUCCAGCAGCGGGCGCUUCUCUCUCUUCUCCCCGCACCCAGCGCUCUUCCUGCGGCUGGAGGACAGGAGUUUCCCGCGCAGCCCGAAGUGCGCCCGCUGCAGGAAUCACGGCGUGGUUUCGGCUCUGAAGGGCCACAAACGCUUCUGCCGCUGGCGCGACUGCGCGUGCGUCAAGUGCGCGUUGAUCGCGGAGAGGCAGCGCGUCAUGGCGGCGCAGGUGGCGCUGCGGAGGCAGCAGGCGCAGGAGGAGCUGCAGAUGAUUUACCCCGCGGCAGGAGCGAGCGAGGCCGGCUUGAGGAUCUCCAGAGCACCGCUGAGCUCCGCCGCUCCGUCCGCGUUCGACGCCUUCAGUCCGGACGCGUUCAGAGACGAGAAAAGCCUAAACAAGCGCGGUGUGUUCAGACGGAUGAGUCGGGCUUUGUUCAGCCCAGAGAAGAGUGACCCGCUGAAGGACCGUGUGAGCUCCUCGGAUCUGGAGUCCGGCGGCGAGUCGGAGAAACCCGGGGAAGAGCGGUCCAGAGCGCCGGCUGUGGUUCUGAGCAGGAUCUUCCCCGGCGUCCAGCGAGACGCUCUGGACUCGGCGCUGGAGGCCGGUUCUGGAGACGUGCUGAGGGCCAUGGAGCUGCUGCUGGGUUCUCCACACCUGGGCUCCAGAUCCGCCUCCUCCACGAACUCCUUCAGCCCUCGGUUUGCCAUCGCUCCGCUGCGACUCGCCUACUCAACACCCAGCUUCACUCCUCCGUAUCUGUCCCUGCGGCCCCCAGCAGACUAUCCGCUCCCCGGGGCCCUGCGGGACUCUCUCAGCCCCACGGUGCUUUACUCCAGCCUCAGCCGACACAAAUAACCCUUAACCUCUUAACUCUCACCCGUUUACUUCAGUUUUACAAAUCAAUCCUGAUCUAAUCAUGGCAAACUAUAUGUCGUUGGAAAGGUCUAAAC